UAUCCGUAAGCGGCUGAAGAUCUUCAAAAUGGAUGCUAUGUCUGGCAAAACCAAAACAGACGAAGAAGAAAUGGAUUUUUGUGACGAAGAGAAGAAACCUGCUGAUACAGACACAGCAGAUAUGAACGACAAAGAAGAAAUUGAUUUUAAAAAGCCAUUAGCGAUGGUUAAAAGCAACGAUGAACAAAACUUACCGACGAUCUCUUGCGAGGAACCCGAAUGCGAAGAACCUGCUCUCGACUGCCCUUCGUCAGAACCAACAAACCUAACAGCCUCGAUCCCUUAUAAAGAACCUUAUUGGAGUGGAAUGGCUACGAAACCAUAUUCGUUCGAUGUAUUAAAGAACGGCAGCAUUAUCGACAAAGUAAAUUUGAAGGAGAAACCCUUCUACAUAUUCGGUCGCCUACCGACCUGUGAUGUGACUUUGGAGCAUCCGUCUCUCUCGCGCUAUCACGCCUGUAUACAACACUGUGGCACCACAUGCGACCGGUAUCAGCAGGGCUGGUAUUUAUACGACCUUGAUAGUACACAUGGAACUUGGAUUAAUAAGAUACAGGUUCGUCCCAAGGUUUAUCAUCGAAUCCGUGUGGGUCAUGUAAUCAAAUUUGGCGGCAGCAGUCGAUUGUUCAUCCUGCAGGGUCCCGAAGAAGACCGAGAAGAGGAGGCCGAACUGAGUGUAGCAGAACUGAAGUUGCAAAGGGAAAAACAGAAGAAAGAAGCUGAUCUCCUUCGACAAGAUAAUUUAAUAGGAAACCCUCAUGAAAUCAUCAGCCAAGAUGAUGGCUGCAUGUGGGGAAUGGAUAUGGCAAGUGCUGUGGAGGAGAGUCAAGAAAACCCUUUCAGUCAAGAUUUAGAUGAAUCCUUAUACAUUGAUGACCCUAAAAAAUGUUUAAAGAACUACUUUGAUCGAGAAGGAUAUGAUGCUCCAGAAUAUGAGACAUCUGCCGAAGGAAGUGGAAAAUUCAAAUGUUGCUUAGAGCUUCCCAUAGACGAUGCCAGUGGACGUCCAAUCAUAGCUGAAGCUACUGUGUCGGGUAAGAAGAAAGAAUCUGUCGAAGCCUGUGCCCUUGAGGCCUGUCGCAUCCUUGACCGACAUGGAGUGCUGAGGGCUGCCACUCAUGAAAGUCGUAAACGUAAGAAGAAAAACUGGGAAGAAAACGAUUUCUAUGACAGUGAUGAAGACACGUUCCUUGACCGGACGGGGACCAUUGAGAAGAAACGUGAACAAAGGAUGAAGAAGGCUGGCAAACUGGACGACAAAGCUGAAACAUAUGACUCUCUGUCAGAAAAACAUAGAGAAAUCUUACAAGAAAUGCAAGAAAUUGAAGAAAAAUUAGAGAAAGCAAGAGCUGAUGCGGAAGCAGCAGAAAGCAACGACGACUUGGAUGCUCUCGAUGCCUACAUGAACUCAAUCAAAUCAGGAAUGAUGGAUACAAAAACCCGGCUAAAGCUGAAGCGCCGUUUGUUGGAACUGCGACCUCAGGAACAGCGACUUCGGAAGCUGAUGAAUAUCGCGAAACCCGUCUCUUUUGAAUAUCUCAAACCAAAGACGGAAGCUGGAACGGUGAAGGUUGCUAGUUCUGAAAAUAAGAAACCUAAAAUUACUUUACCGAUGUUUGGUAAAAUGAAAGGUCUUCAUGUACCGAAGAUUCCCAAAGUGUUUACUGUGGAUUUACCAGAAAACCUUGAAAAGGUAUCGGAUGCCGAUGUAGAAGAAGAAGAGGAGGAAGAAGAUGAUGAUGAAGAUGACAACAAUGAGAAGAAGAUGGAAUGUGAUGUGGAUGCUGAAAAGAAAUCACUUGGUAGCAAUAAUGGUAAAGCAAAAGACCUCAGUGAAGCUGGUACCUGCAAGAGCAAGGAUGUUCUUCCGACCAAGUGUCUGUCUUCGAAGGAUUCCUCCUCAUCCAAGCGUGUCAUCACAAAGAAAAUUCAUUUACAAACAUCCACAGAUUAUCAUGCUCACACGUCUGAGAUUCACAAACCAGAAAAGAAAAAAUCAAAAAGCUUUCAUGAAGUUUCUGGAGAUUCCUCAUGUUUUGAUGCUGAUGCAGAUAAAGUGGUCUGGUUACCUCCAUCAGAUCAAACUGGUGAUGGACGUACUUCUUUGAAUGAGAAAUAUGGCUAUUGAUCUCUCCAAGAUUCCACUCUCCACCCCCACCCCCACCCCCCACUGGAACAUUUCAAAUCUCCAUGAACUACUGAUGCAUUAAAACAUUUCCAAACAAAACU